AUGAGGUAGGGUUUCAUCUAUUUUUAAGUGUAUAUUCGGUGUUUUCAAGAGUGAUUUCAGCCCUCAUGACAGAGGGGGACUAAAACCUCUUUGGCAUGAGCAGAACAGAGGGUGGGCAGGCAUUGUGUAAGCUUCUCCAUAUGUCCCUGCCAAAUCACAUCAAUCCUGACAUGCAACAUUCCUGCUGUCACCGUGCCAAGCCUUUCUUGAGCAACCAUAAUAUGCAGCGGUUUUGUAACAUAUACAAUUAUCUUUGGGCCAGCCUCACAGAGCUACUGGUCACACAGCAACUGCCAAGAAAGCGGGGCUGGCUGCAACCACCUCACAUUGACGCUAACCUUCAUUUGGGAAUCUCUCAGUCCUUAUUUGGUUACUUCAGGACUCAGAGAGUGGAUUUGUAAACUUAUGGGACAGUUGUGAAUCAUGGAAUAGAUGUCAUAUUUAACUUUUCAAAGUAGCCGAUAUUUUCUCACAAUGCACUGUUGUGUGUUGGCUGCAGCAAUCCCACCGCCCGUGAGAGACAUUAGUUUUGAGUACACAUCCAAUAUGACUCCAAAAAUACCAAGACCCUAAAUAAAUUUCCUCAGUGUGUUUUUUAAACAGCCCAUGUCUUUAAAUUGGGAAGUAUUAUCCAUACCCUGCAAAAAUAAAGAGAUUUAACAGGGAAAAACCCCACCGUUGACUUCUGCAUAUUUUUAAGAUUUAAUCACUCCCUUGGUUAUAUGGAAGCUGGCAGACAGUUUUCACUUGCCUCAUGAAAACAGCCCUUCAAAGAAAGUUGUCCUUGGCUGUGGGAUGAUUCAGAGCCUGACCCUGCUUUUGCUGAAGUCUGUGGCAGAACUUCUUAUUGACUUCACAGAGUGGAACAAAAAUCAGACUCUUGCAUUAAUCUCCUAAAGAAGCAAAGGAUGGAAUGUUAUUGGGAGUCUGAGCAGGGCAAAGGUGAGGGGCUCAACCAGUGAGACCAUCUGCAAAAAACCAAAAAACAAAAACCCAAAGAAUUGCCAUGAUUCAGCAAGCUAUAGUCCACAGUCUUCUUUCACAUGAUGCUCAAGAAAAGACCACAACAAAAACAACAGAACAAAGAGUAACAGAUGAUGAAUUAACUUUGGGAAAGGGCAUAGUUCAGUGGCCGAAUAUCUGCUGUGCAUGCUGGGGUCCCAGUUCACUCCCUGGCAUCUCUAGGCAGGGCAGGGAAUGUUCCCUGUCUGAAAGCCACUACCAGUCAGUGUAGUGAUUUGGUAUAAAGCAACUCUCUGUGUUCUAUUUGUACUUUGACCCAGCAGAUCCUUUACGUUUCACCUUCAUGAUAGCCACCUCAGAUUGAAGAAAUAAAAGAGUUUUAAUUCAGAAUCCAGUUUCGUGUUUCUAUCACGCACAGCCAUGGUGGCUAGCCCCGCCCACACCACUACACCUGCUGUCCAUGACCUCCUGCAGCGCUGAAUAUGCAUAGGGUGCCUCCAUCCCAGGAGGAAGCCUAGACCACCACAACUGCCCUCAUGUGAAUGUACUCUACAUGGAUACAUCAGUAGGUGUUUGGGGCCGUUUCAGCCGCUUGCCAAAUGCACAAAUGGAAGGGUAUGUGUCUGCAUUAGUGGUAGGGGAUAGGGCGAGCCCACACAGUACCACAACUGCCUCUCAUGUGCUUUAAUCAGUGAGGGGGUUUCAUUGAACCACACUAAAGGAUGCUUAUUUCAUCCCUCUGCAUCCCCACACAUCCAUGGAUUUCUUGCAGUUUCCUUUUUUAAUUUUUGGUCGCUGUGCCCUCCUAUGCACCACAGUACUUAUUAACUAUGUCUUUUGCUUAUUUAUUUAUUUUAAGAAUAAUUUUUUAUUAACUGACCAAUCACAUCAAAUCAAACCAAAUUACAUAAAUUCCAAAUUACACAGCCGAAUUUUAAAUUUUUGUUGGGGGUACCCAUAUUUCAAGUUCUGAAGGGAUCCAAUCAACUUCUUGCUUCUUACUGCUGUUUUAAUGUCCACAAAUCUAACCUUAUGAUGUUCACAGUACUAUCCAGUCCUUUCUUAUUAUUUUUCCACAUCUCUUGUUGUUAUUUUCAUAUAUUUUUCCUUUCUCUUUGUGACCUCUGAUAGUCUCCGCAAGCUGGUUAGAACAGUUUGUAAUCCUGCGUGGAUAUUAUUUUUUUAUCCAGUAGCCAUAUCCAGACGUUUUCCAUAUAACAUCACUUCCAUACAUCAAAACAGUCUUAGCGUCAUUAAUCUUCACCAAUCUGCCUCCUUUCUCAAAACCUCUGAGGAGAUUCACUAGGAAUGCAGUCUGAAAACAAAUCCGUUCUUCCUCCCGGCUGUAAAUCCUUUGGCAAGAUGGCGACUCCGAAUUAAUUGCUGCGCCAUUCCCAAAAGCUCUUAUUGCUUCUCGGUCUCCAUAAAGCAUACUUUUGGUUAAAGUUUAUCUCCACACAGACCUUAAUCAUCCUGCUUGGGUCAGUUCAACCGACGGUUCUAAUGAGGAGGGGUUCUUGUAAAUCACAUAGAAGGAAAGUAAAAAAGGUUCCCCCCCCCCAUUCAGCCCCGUUGUCAACAUACCCCGCCUUUGGUGUAUCUUCAUCGUAAAAUAUUCCUGUUUCUCCAGCCCAUCGUCUUCUUUCGCAGAGGUCACUUAAAUUAGCAGACUUCACUCCCCUUCUUCACUUGAAAUAUGUGCAUUUGCUUCUUUUGUAAUUAAUUAUUCCAAAUUGCUGCAACUAGUGUGCGAUCAGAGACAGCGUCCAGGAGAGCCGAUGUCCACACGGGGGCAUUCUGCCUAGGGCCCUCACCCCCUUCUUUCGAAUUAGGGGAUGAUUUAUGGGCACAGCAGGCAAGGGCAGUGUUCCCCAUUUCCUUGGGGCAACAAGGGAGGCUGCCUACUCCCAUAACAGCCUCUUAAUUACCCCGUGUGGGUUGGAGAGAUGGUAUUGACGGCCAUCUUCCAAUGCGCCCCCUAGUGGCCCCCAUGUCUUUUGCUUAUUUAGCCAAAUAAAAUUUUGAAAAUAGAAUCUGUAUUAUAUUACUGUAUGGAAAAACACGGGCAAUGCAAAUACAAAUUUUCACAAAACAGUCAUCAGUUGUUAUUCAAAAUGCAUGGUAAUCUGAGCCGAUAUGGUUAACAGGGCAUAUAAACCAGUGUCAAGGGGCUGAUAUUUUUUCUCUCCUUCGGAUUAUAGCAAUAGAUGUUAAUUAGAAAUCAAUUUCAAAAAAAUGUAAAAUCGAAAGCAUUAUCAUGGUCCAUUGGAAAGCAAAUAUCCAUUAGCAUUGUGGCAUUUGACUGUGUACUACAUAUAUGACUCUGACAAGAGUUAACUCCUCUGAUCCAGUCAGGGUCACCUGCAUAGUAAUAAGCACAUGUGGCUGAUGUGGGUGUAGAUGCACAUCUGGAGUGGUUGUAAGUCCUCAUCUUCAUUGCAAUUCCCAGGCAGGCCCAAUGGAUUGACUAGAAGCAUCUUUUGAUGCAUGUAGAGGCAUUCUGGCACCCUGCGUCACCCGUUAUUGCACUGUGGCAAGCUAGAUGAAAGAAAAGCUCUUGUCUUAUAUCUCAUCAACCAAUUAAAUACCUUUAAAUUUGUUGGAUAAGGUAAAACCCAAUAGUAGCCAAAUAUGAGCCAAAUGACCAACAGUCAUAUAUAGGUCAUAACUUUCCAAGAAUGAUUAGGGAACUUCUUUGUAAACGGCUGCUCGGUAGAUGAGUCAAAGUGUAAUUGUCACUGUUCCCCAAACUCAAAAUAUCUCAUUGAAGGUCCAUCCUGAAGUCCUACAAAAAAGAAAAUGAAAAACUGCAACAAAGUGCAUUCUGGCAAAUGACGCUUUCAGCGAGUAUCUUAGUCAUCUGCUCUCUUUUCCAGACUCCCUGGCGAGCUGAUCUUUUUAGCUUUGCUUUUUUAAAAUACACUCUUUGCACUCUGACUGGUAAUGGAAGCAUCAUGCAAGUAAUUGAAAAAUCCAGUUCUGAAGGAGCCAUUAAGUGCAUGUCAGUAUUCCAUGUCUACAUCAUUGAGAAGAGCAAGGAAUUUACCUUUUGUAGGACUAAACUAGCUUAGCUAGAUGAGCUAUUCAGUUCAUCAGGUUAUACAAAGGGCUGAUAGUUAAAGGUGGAAUUCUUUCCCAUUGCUUGUGUUUUUGGUUUUGUCCUUCAGGAAGAAACCAAAUUUUUGAGUAAUCACUUUCCUUGCAGCCUCCACCUCUAAUCCCGAACCUUUCCUAAAACUGAGGGGCAACGAUCAGAAACAGAGCAGCAGACUUCUCAGAACACUGCUGCCACCACAGACUUGAUCUCUCUUCUCCAUCACCUUCAUUUUGGGGGCUGAUACUGGUUAACAUUAAGAGGAAGAGAAGGCCAAAAUAAUUGUGUGCUUCCUUAAUCCAUGAAUGACAACAGGGGAAUUGUAAGGAAAAGUAGUGGAAGAGCUCACUUAAUACUGCUUCUGCCAGCUACCUUUUAAAUCUUUCCCAGCAGAGAUCCAUCUGUGGUACCCAAAAUUAAAUAUCCUUUACGCUAUGUCUUUUCCCUCCCCCAAUAAUAAAAAUAUUUGUUCUAUGUCAUCAGCACUUGUCAAUCACAUAUAGCAGAAAAGAACACACUUUUUCCAUGUAUAAAUAUAUAAUAUAUAAUAUAAAUAUAAUAUCUCUCAAGAGGCUCUCUUCUCUCUUAACUUUCUGCCUAAGGAAAGAUGAAUCUGUCAAUUUUUUCUCGGUUUCCAUUUCCAGGCUUAGCUUCAGUUCACCACAUUUCCACAUCCUUUUGCUAAUGUUUUGGUGUGUUUUUUUAAAGGUUGGAUCUUGAGAAUUUAGGCCACAUUCACACCCUACAUGUAAAAGUGCUGUGAUAUCACUUUAAGCAGUCAUGGCUUCCCCCAAAGAAUUCUGGGAGAUGCAGUUCGUUAAGGGUGCUGAGAGUUGUUGGGAGACCCCUAGUCAACUCCCCAGAAAAGCAAAAAAAAAUAACAAAAUUUCAGAAUGGUUUUUGUAUGUGUUGUAGAUUCUACCUGCAAUUGGGGAAGCGAUGUAAUUCUUGGAUGAUGUAAUAGCAGGUCAUCCCACUUAGCUUUUGAUAACCAUCCCAUAUUCUGAUCUAAUCUACAAGAGAACAAGCACAACCCGCAUAAGUACUACAGGCCGUGUCCAGAAACUGGAAGAAAGCACACCACUAGGCACAUAAAACACAAAGGUGGAAGAAACCUCUCAAUCUAGUUGAAGAUCAGCUGAGAAGUACAGAGUUACAGGUAUUUAAAAAGCAAACAAGGCUGCUUUGCGGUAAUGAUGUUUUUCGGAAAAGCGAGAUGUUUUGGGAAAACUGACAUAGGGCUUUCUUUUUUUGGAAACAAGAACUGGAGCAGUUGCAAAAUGCUUUACUGCUCUUUCUAAAAAGUGUGAAAACAAUGUUUCUUUUCCACAGAAAAUUGGGCAAAGGCUGCAACAUUUCGUGCCUUAA